UUGGAGGUCAACAGCACCCUCGGGGUCUGGACCGUGGAGGUCAAUGUUUGUAACUUUUUCCUAGGUAAUGGAAGCAGUGUUCUUGGAUGAAACGGUGGCCCUGGCGGCAAAAUGUGAGGACACAUGCAAAUGCGACUGUCUUGCUAUUUUAAGAGGAGGAGGUUCCUAGCUUAUUACGGGAGGAGAUUCCUAUUCUAUUGCGCCUGCGCAGGCAUACAAACUACAAGACUGACCACUUGUGUCGAAUAUGGCCGAAACCAAGAAGCUUUCCAGAAAGCCCAAUUUCUCAGAUGCAGAAAUCCGAACGUUGUUAGCAGAAAUUGCUGCUGAAAGAGAAAUUCUGCUCUCAAAAUUACAAAAUGUCAUAACAAUAAAGAGUAAACAUUGUAUAUGGGAGCAAAUUACUACAAAGGUGAACGAGUGCGGUGUCGCGGAGAGAACGACAGAAGAAAUAAGAUCAAAAUGGAAAGACUUGAAAAAAAGAACGAUUUCAUCGAAAAUUGCGGGAAGAAAGUCGGGUGUGAGUCAUGUAACCGAAGGUGGAAGUCCUUAUGACAACUUCAUUAUGGAUAUAAUAGGGGAGGAAAGUGCUAUUCGGUGUGGUAUUCAAGUUUAUAGAUCAGAUUACAAUGAUGUAGAUGGAGUUCACUGCCUACCUCCAUUAGAACAGUCACAAGCUUUAACAUCACACUGUGAGCUGUUGGCUGGAGACAGUGAUAGCUCUGAACCUCCUACAAAAAGACCCGAGCUGAUGCAGUUUCUUCAAGUGCAGUUUCAACACCAGAUGCAUCGUCAUCAGUUCUCAAAGGGAGAGGAAAGGGAAAGAAUUUGAAAGAAAGGAUAGAAGACAGGUCCUCAUCUUCAACUGAAGAAGACGACCCAUUACAGCAGAAAUGGUUUGCCAGUGACAUUGCAACAAAUAAAAUUUUAACACAAGCUGCCCGAGCGUUCAUGCAAAAAUGUGAGCUAGAAAAGACAUAUCUUCAACUUAAAAUAAUGAAGCUAAAGAUGGAGAUGGGUCUGUCACAUACAGAAUGACACUAUUUAUAGAUACACUCUAGUAUAUUUCAUUCCUGUUUUUUUUUUAUGAAUAAUUUUGUUAAUCUUAAAGGUGGCCAUAUGGCUUUUGUUAUUUCAUUGUGCUAUCUGUCCUCUCUGUGUUUAUGCAUGUGUGUGUGUGUGUGUGCAUAUUUGCGUGAAUGUGUGUUCAUGCAUGUACACAUGCAGACACAGUUGCACAGAGGUGACUGGUGCAGAGGGUUUAGAUAAUUCAUUUAAUGUAUUCAUGGUGCUUAAAUUUUAUCAUAUCAUAUGUCCAGUCCAUAUAUUAGUAGUGUAAUUUCUAAUGAUGUCAGACUGUUCAGGAGUUUGCCGCAUUUUUUAUUUGCAGGUUUUUAAAAUAAUUAUGUUAUAUUUUUUAAACUGCAUAUAUUGUUACCUUAGUUAAAUUAAGGAUCUGGAACAUUGAAUAUUUAAGCUAACAUUAAUUAUAAAACGAAGUGGAAACAAAGCAGACAGAUGUUGUAGCUUCAAGAAUAACUUCACCAUAUUCACCAGAUCAUUUCCUUCAUUUUAAAUAUCAAUCAACUUACUGAAGAUAAGACGUAUCUUCUGAAGAUAAGCUCUUUAUUUGGUUUAACUAGUAAGUGCAAUCCUCCAGCAUGGGAUAAUUUUUUUGUUUGCAGUGCAGGGAUCAGUGGUUUGGCAUCUCUGUCAAUUGUGUAAAAGAUGGAACAUAUCAUAUGCAUGUGCCAAAGUGCUUCACAAAAAACAAAUAUUAAAAAAUGCAACUUCACUUUAUAAAGACAGUGUACCCUAAAGACCAAAGAGCAUAUUGGUCUGUACUGCCAGCAGCAUAACAUAAGAACUUUGUUAAUCAGAUGUGGUAUGUUGUAUCAUACUGUUUUGUCAUUUUCUGAUGGUGUAGGACUGUAGGUCAUUGUGUGGAUCCAAAAAAAUAUAGCAUAGCUGUGACCAGUAACAUUGCAUGCCAUUUUAAGACCCCUUGGAAACUACCAUUUCUUCUUGGCAAACAAAAAACUGUGCUAUAACUCCAUGAUCAUCAGUGACUAAAAAUAUGCCUAAAACCUCAAGAUCAACCGAUGUGUUUAAUUCAAGUCCACAGUCAUUCCCAUGACACCAAGUUCCUGCUACCUAAAGUGUGACCAUGUGGAAGUUUAUUAGGGAUUUUAAUGUGGCCAAACAAAGGAAAUUCAAAUUCUCAAAUAACUGAGAUGUGGACUAUUUGUUUAGACAUCAAACUUUACAGAUAUCCAUCUGAAAGGACCAGUAGAUUAUGAGAAUCACAACUAAUGGCAACAUUAGUGAUAUCCAGAAUGAGUAUGAUUUUUCUUCUUUUUUUUUUCUUUUUUUUUGGGGGGGAGGAGAAGUUGUCAGGGCGAGUUGUGUGUGGUUUGAGCAUAUGUACAUGCAUAUAUGCCUUAAUGAAUGAGAAUGAUAUGCAUUUUACACUAGUAUUUAUAUAUUUAUUUGUACUGUAUGUAUGGUGUGUGGAGGUACACCUGUAGACACUCGAGACCUAUAUGACUGGGAGCAAACUAGCGCCUGUCACCAAUACAGUGAGGAUUGGCUGCCCUGGGUUCAGAUCUCAUCUCAGACACACUGUUCUUUCUCCGGAUGUGGCAUCUGUUUACAGAGCUGUCUGAUUUGCCAUGAUAUAGGCUUAGUUUUUGGCUCGGCAUAAAACAACAAUCAUCCUCUGCGGCCCCCUCCCCAUUACCACCUAAAUGAUCACUGAUUGGUUCUAGCAUUUUGGUUAGACUUUGAGAAAAGCACUGAAUCAAGAUUAGAUGUAUAUUUAUGUAUAAACAGUAUAUAUAGUUUGACUUUCCCUAAGGUUAAAUUGAAGGGGUUAUAAAUAGAAAGAAGUGGAUAUACUAAUGCUACCAGCCAGGGACCACCUGAAUUUGGGGGUGGAGGAAUGGAAAAAUUAAAUUAACUUUUUCUUUGUAGGGGUAGGGGUAGACGAAUGAAAACUGAGACACACAGGAGUAACUAUCCUUGCUGUACUGCAUUGACAAUGUGCAUGCAUGUGUGUGUGUGUGGAAUUAAAAGUGUACCAUGUUCAGAAAAUGUAUAUCUUUGUUGAAUUUGAA